ACACAAUAUAGCCCCUCACUCCGCAAGGAAAAGACUGCAGCGCGUCGACCCGCAGCUCGGGCCACAGCGCCUGGGCAACGUCCCUCCGUCCCGAGAAGCGAGCAGCUUGAUUACUCUGCUUACCCCCCAAAGAGCUUAUGAUGCGGCACAGUGCAUGUCAGGGUCAAGGAUAAUAUCUUGCGCGAGGCUGAAGUCUGCUCUAUCCUUCGACCCCUCCCCUAUCUAUUCCAACGCAAGCCCAACUUUGCUUUAGUCGACAUCUUCACUCGCUACUCGCUUUUCGCGUGCGAAAGUGAGUUUCUUUGAUUUAUCGCUUGAGCCAUCGAUUUUGAAAUCGCCGCCACGAUGGACCUCAGCUCAAUCCCCCCCGAGAUGCUGCCUCACAUUCCCGCUGGAGUACCACCCAACGGCACAACUUCAAACCUAAUCAACCCGCCGUCUCGAGAGGGCCAAACGAAGACGGUCAUGUAUGUGUCCUUGCCCAUCAUGUUCGUCUUCUUAGUUAUGCGUCUUUACACCCGAGCGCGGGUCACAAGAGGCUUUGGGGCCGAUGAUUUUCUCGCCAUUAUUUCAGCGAUAUGCAUUGGAGGGUAUUGUGGCGUUCUAUACUACAUGCUCGAUGGUCCUCUUGGAGAACAUGUUUGGGAUGUCUCACUUGCAUCCAUCGGCGCCCCUUUCCAAAAAAGCAAUCUUGGGUCCCAGACGCUCUACAGCCUCGCCGCCCUCUUCACCAAGAUAACACUUCUAGUCCUCUACCUCCGGAUAUUCCACCCGAGCUAUCGCGCGAACAUCAUGAUAUGGGUGGGCAUUGUGGUUGUAGCUCUCGCCUACGUCGCCUUUGCCAUUGCCUCCAUCAUCGUCUAUGUGCCUCCUCCAGGCCACCCUGAGCAAUGGGCGAUGACCAAAAGCGCGGCCAAGACAACGGCCCUGCUCAAUAUCACGGCUGUGGUUGGAGUCUUCGGCAUAGUGUCCGACUUCUACAUUCUCUUGAUUCCCAUGCACCUUGUUGUGGGUUUGCACUUACCGCUGGGAAGAAAGUUAGGUGUCUCUGGAAUCUUCCUGACUGGUUUGAGCGCUUGCAUCUGCUCCAUCGUGGGGACCGUAUACCGUUUUCAAGCCCGACCCUCUCAGGACCCGCUCUGGGAUACGAUAACUGCAUACUCUCUAGGAAUCAUAGAACUCAACGUCGGUCUUAUUUGUAGCUGUCUACCCGUCCUCUUCGUUUUUCUCAAGCGGGUCGCGAAGAGCAACUCGUACAUCAGUCUCGUGCGCUACUUCCGCACGCGUCGUUCUGAUGGCAUAAGUCAAGGCCAGAACAACGACUCCGACCACCGUGAAAAGUCCGAUGAGAUACAUCUCACGAUCCCGAAGCCGACUAUGACGGGUCUCAGGAGUUUUAUUAGGAAGGCGCAUAGAAGCCAGCCUCAGCAAAGCUAUCAGCUGGAAAGCUAUAAUGAGUUGGAUAGUGUGAAUGACGAUUAUCAUGCGCAGUUGAAGGAGGCGAAGGCAAUGGCUACCAAGCGGCAAGAUUUGCCUUGAAGGCUUUGCGGUGGGGAGAUGUUCUCAGUGCGGGAAAGGGCGUGAGAAGAGCUUGCAUGCUGUUGCUGAUAGACAUGGUUCCUCAUUUCUUAGACACAAUUGUUGCACAUGUCGAUG